UCAGCAAAAUGACAUCUUGUACGUAUAAUUGUUUGAUGAAUGUAAUUAACAUUGGAAACAGUAUCAUUGGAGUGAGCAUAUUAGCUAUGCCGUACUGUUUCAGGAAGUUACCCCCAGGCUCACGCUGUCAGGUGUGAGAUAGGGGCCUAGUAGACUUUCGCCCGCUCAUCCGUCUGCCGGAACACCGUCGAGUGGGUCCGGUUCCGGGGCGCGGGACUCUGGAUUGCUGACUUGGGCGCAGGAUUGCUUGGAUUUGGACUGCGAUAUGGAUACGAUUUUGGAAGCCGUGAGGAUUCAAAUUAAAGAACUAGAGACUAUUCGCCUGCAAAAUGGCACUUUCACAGAUACAGAAGUGUGGAAUUUUACUGAGUAUGGUAUUAAUCUUCAUUAGUGGAAUGCUUACUCGUUUAGCCUGUUAUUUAUUACUAAAAUCUGCUAUUAUGGCCAGGAGAAGAAAUUUUGAAUUUUUAGCUUUCCAUACUUUUGGUUCUACUGGAAAAUUGGCUGUUGAGAUGAGUGUUAUUGGUUUUCUGAUUGGCGUUUGUAUUGCAUUUUUUGUUGUUAUUGGGGACCUUGGACCUCCUCUUGCUGCUGAAUUCCUAACUAUUGAAAAUUCUCCUAAUUUGCGAACCAAUGUCUUAAUGCUUGUAGGACUUUGUGUUGCUCUACCUCUUGGAAUGUUGAGAAAAAUUGAUAGUCUUACAAGUUUAAGUGCACUGUCAAUUGCAUUUUAUUUGUGUCUUAUUUUAAAGAUUUUUGCAGAAGCUGUGCCAAAUCUAGCUCUUAAUGAAUGGUGGCAUGAAGUCAACUGGUGGCAAUCUGAUGGCAUACUUCCAUGUUUACCAAUAUUUUCUAUGGCCUUAUCUUGCCAAACGCAAUUGUUUGAAUUUUUCGACACAUUGAAUGAUCCUUCUUUAAAAAGAAUGCAGUCUGUUGUUAGUGGAGCCGUUCAUUUGUGUUCCAUAGUUUACAUAAUGGUUGGAACUUUUGGCUACAUUGCAUUUCAUGAUAAAGCAAUUAUGGGAAAUAUUUUGGUUUUGUUAACACCUUCUGUUGUGACCGAAUUUAUAAAGCUUGGAUUUAUUUUGACAGUUGCUGUGAGCUUUCCACUUUGUUUGUUUCCUUGCAGAUCAAGCUUACAUUCUCUACUCUUCAAACAAGGCUUUGGUCAUCAUGAUAUUAAUGUAACUGUAAUACCUGAUCAUCGAUUUAGAAUUCUUACCAUCAGCCUAGUUAUUGUAACCAUUGGUAUUGCUAUAAUGCUUCCAAAUAUCGAAUUUGUUCUUGGUAUUAUAGGCUCAACAAUAGGAACUUUGAUAUGUCUCAUUUUUCCUGCAAUAAUGUUUAUUCAUGAUACAAGCAAAAAUACAACAGAAAAACGGAUGGCUCAAGUAAGUUAUUUGCAGAAUUAAUCUGAAUUACAGAAC